AUGAGGACUAGAAAAAUACUAGCAUUUCUCAGUGCAGGCUUGAUUCUUGCCUGUUGUAUUAUGAUGUAUUUAAUAAUGGAUUUAACGAUCUUUCCACCUGGUCAAGGAUCUAAACUCUCUGUUAAGGAUAAUCAAUGGCUGCACUUUGAGAAUAGAUUAACAAAAUUAGAAAAGGACUUCAAUAAGCACCAUGAAGUUAUGAAUGCUUUAAAGGAAGUGGCUGAAGUAAAACAUCUCGUGCGUAGAGCCUAUUCUAUAAAUCGUCCCAAUCAUUCUAUAUCGUCCAGUUCUUCCCAUUUAGGAAAAAUACUUAAAUGUAAUUUUAAUAUUCAAAAAGUUCCCGAAGUAGACAUUCAAAUGUUGGAAGUAUACAGACAAUUAGAAUUUGAUAAUGUGGAUGGUGGAGUGUGGAAACAAGGAUGGGACAUCACAUACGAUGAGAAACAAUGGCAUCCGAAUAGAAAACUAAAAGUCUUUGUUGUUCCACAUUCUCACAAUGACCCUGGUUGGCUUAGUACCUUUGAGAAGUAUUAUGCAUUUCAAACGCAAAAUAUAUUGAACACUAUGGUAAUGAAAUUAGCAGAAGACAGAAGACGUAAAUUUAUUUGGGCAGAAAUAUCAUUCUUUCAACUUUGGUGGGAAGAUCAGUCUAAGAUAACUCGUAACUUAGUCAAACGUUUGAUUCAUGAUGGUCAGUUAGAAAUUGUAACAGGAGGUUGGGUCAUGCCAGAUGAAUCCGUUUCUCACUGGAUGUCUCAGUUAACGCAACUCACGGAGGGACAUCAAUGGUUAAAAUAUAAUUUAGAUUAUACACCCAAAUCAAGUUGGGCUAUUGAUCCAUUUGGUCUUUCUCCAACUAUGCCAUAUCUAUUAAAAAAAGCAGGAUUGGAAAAUAUACUGAUACAAAGAGUUCAUUAUUCAGUUAAAAAAAGAUUAGCUAGACGAAAGCAACUUGAAUUUCGUUGGAGGCAGUUAUGGGAUAAUGAUGGAUCAACAGAAAUCUUUACACAUGUAAUGCCAUUUUAUAGUUACGACAUACCACACACUUGUGGCCCAGAUCCAAAAAUAUGUUGCCAAUUUGAUUUUUAUAGACUACAAAAUUUUGGACUAAGUUGUCCGUGGAAAAUAGCUCCAAGGGCCAUAACUAAAUCAAAUGUUGCAGAAAGAGCUGCUCUCUUAUUGGAUCAGUAUCGUAAGAAAGCUCAACUGUUUAAAACAGAUGUGGUAUUAGCACCAUUAGGAGAUGAUUUCAGAUAUACUCAUUUUACUGAGUGGGAUGCUCAGUAUAAAAAUUAUCAAAAACUUUUCGAUUAUAUGAAUCAGAAUCAAAAAUUGAACGUUCAAAUUAAAUUCGGGACAUUGAGCGAUUACUUUGAUGCAAUUAGGGAAAAACAUAAUUUAAAUGAAUUUCCUACUUUAUCUGGUGACUUUUUCACAUAUUCCGAUAGAGAUGACCAUUAUUGGAGCGGAUAUUAUACAUCAAGGCCUUUUCAUAAACGAUUAGAUCGUGUAUUGUUAAGUUUACUGAGAGCAUCAGAAAUAUUAACUAGUAUUGCUUGGACCAAAGGUAAUGAUAAUUUAGUGGAAGGUACUCUUGCACAACGUUUGAGUAAAGCAAGAAUGUGGCAUUCUUUAUUUCAACAUCAUGAUGGUAUUACUGGAACUUCCAGAGAUGAGGUUGUUAUAGAUUAUGCUAAGAAGAUGAUAAUGGCUUUAAAUAAUUCUGCACAUGUAUUGCAACAGUCAACAGUUCAUUUAUUAAAAACUCCACAAGAAUCUUCUGUUAAUGUAGAUGCUGUAUAUAUUUCACUCGAUGAAUCUAGAUUACGCCAUACUAGUGUAGGAGACAAACAUGUGAUAAUAUUAAGGGACGAAAGUCCUUUAAAAAAAGUUAUUCUUUAUAAUUCCAUUCCACGACAAAGAACAAAAGUACAGACAUUGGUUGUAUCUACUCCAUUUGUUAAAGUUACUGAUCGUAUGGGGCAACCAGUGCAAUGUCAACUUUCUCCAAUCUGGAUUGGACCUGCUGCAUUAACUGUUGCUAGAUACGAGUUAUCAUUCUUAGUUACCGUACCUGGAUUUGGUAUUACAACAUAUAUAAUUCAUGCUUUGCCGAAAUCAACGUUUCCACCGUACGUUAUUUUAUUAUUUAAAUUAUUAAAUAUUUAUUUUCACAAACUUUUACUGUUUAUUGUAUGCAGGGAAGUGCAUGUUGCAAACAUAACUGUUUUUAAUACAGAUAUAAAUCUCCCAAAAAUACCAGGUUUUAAUCAAAUUCAAAUGGUACCAAAUGCACAAGAAUUUUCGAUUACGCAACGACCAGAAUUAUCUGCAUCUUUUGGGAAGUCAGGUCUUUUGAAAGCUUUAAGAGUUAGUAAUACAACAGUCCCCGUUCAUUUAGAAUUUGUUAAAUAUGGUACCAGAGGUACCGGUAAAGAUAAAAGUGGAGCUUAUUUAUUUUUGCCUGACAAAUCAGAACCAGAUUCAAUAUACAUAGAUAAUAAGUGUAUUAUACACUUAAUAACUGGACCCAUUGUAUCCAAAGUAUUUGUGGAAUUUGCACAUGUGCGUCACACUUGUAUAUUGUAUAAUUCUCCUGGUAGUGAUGGACUUGGUUUACACAUUCAUAAUGAAAUUAACAUAUCAGAAACUCAAAAUUAUGAACUUGCUAUGAGACUAAGUACAGACAUAGCUUCGGGAGACCAAUUCUAUACAGAUCUAAAUGGCCUUAAUAUGAUCAAACGUCAAAGAUUUCCAAAACUUCCUAUGCAAGGGAACUAUUAUCCGAUGGCAGCAAGUACAUACAUAGAAGAUAAAAGGUUUAGGUUAACAGUUGUAACAGCACAACCACUAGGUGUAAGUUCUAUGGCAUCUGGACAAAUUGAAAUAAUGCAAGAUAGAAGAUUACUUCAAGAUGACAACAGAGGACUUGGACAGGGCAUAACUGAUAAUUUGUUAACAAAUCAUAUAUUUAUGUUCGUUCUUGAAAAGAAAAAGUCUUUCUGUACAGCUUCAACGCCACCAAAUCAUCCAUCAGGUGUAUUAUCAUUGUAUGGUCAUUUAACAUCAGAAGAAUUAUUGCAUCCUAUAAUUGCAAUGCAUCCACAUAAUUCUUUACCUUUUAAUUUAAAUGCACAUUUCUCUCCACUUCGUUAUGAUUUUCCUGCCGAUUUAAGCGUUGUUAGUUUUCGAGUAUUUCCUAUUCCUGAAGGAGCUGGUAAAGGUAUUGGAAUGGUUUUACAUCAAGCAGCUUUAGAUAUGUGUUGGAAUGACAAUUCUUAUUUACGUUAUUUCAAUGUUUCUGAAUCUGUAGAGGUUGAUUUAACAAAGUUCCUUAAUUAUAUAGAUGAUUGGGUUAUUAGUAAAGCUCCUCUUACAUUCCACAAUGUAGGACCAUCAUUGAAAUCGCCUAUUGUUAAUUUAUGUCCACACCAAAUAUUACCAGUUUUAUUUCAUAAGAUACAAUCUUAG